CUGCAGCAUGCAGUCCCUCCGAGCCUUAACUGCACUGCUGGCGUCUUUCUCUCUAACGAUGCUUAUCGCUGAAGGAGCUUACAAAAGUGGAGAUGGGACUUUCAAUGUGUUGUCGCAUCGGUCUUUUGCCGGACGGUCACCUGGACAUGCCUUUCCGACGUAUAUGAUGCAUCUCUACAGAAACUUCAAGUCAAAUCGGUCUCAUCCAGAUGAUUUCUUGGAAAGAAGAGCGGUGAAAAAGGCUGAUACAGUCAGAAGUGUAAUUGCUAAAAGUUUAUAUAGAAGAGACUGGAACUGGAUUGUGACAUUUGACUUCACCUCCCUGCUGGCCGACGAGAAGCUUCAGCUGGCUGAGCUGAGAAUCAGGCAGCCCUGGGUCGCUGACAUUAUAAACCUGACAGUGGAAGUCCACCACCAUCAUGAAUUCCCUUGUCGGAUGAAUGGAACCUGCCACAACCGCCAAAUGAUGGGACUACUGUCCUCCUCCUCCAUGGUUGACUCAUCCCAACACUGGAAAGUGUUCAAUAUUACCAGUUUGCUAUUGGGCUGGCUUGAGGGAAGGGCCAGUUCAAAUGGCAGAAAAUCGCAGAAGAAAAAGGAGGACCCAUCCUUGCCUGAGCGGAAUCAACUGGCUGGUCUAAAGAGCGACCGCAUUGCCAAUGACAGAGCUCUGCUGGUCACUUUCUCUCACCUGGGGCCAGACGAGGGCUCCCAGGCCAAGGCCAGCCUGCUCCACACGGCCGAACAAUCCAAGUUCCUCUUCAACCCCGAGGAUGAGAAGAUUCGGCGACCAAAGAGGCAUAAGAGCAACAGGAGGCGAAGGGACCAGCCCUUGAAAGACCUAGAAGUGCCCAGGAAAGGCAGUGUUAAGUCUUCCUGCCGGAAGGUCAAUUUGCACAUUGAUUUCAACCAAAUUGGCUGGGGAUCCUGGAUAGUCUUCCCCAAAAAGUACAAUGCAUACCGCUGUGAGGGAACAUGUCCUAACCCUGUUGGGGAGGACUCCCACCCGACGAAUCACGCUUACAUGCAGAGUCUCCUGAAGCACUACCACCCUGAUCAGGUGCCACCGGCCUGCUGUGCCCCCACCAAGAUGAGCCCGUUAAGCAUGCUGUACUACGAAGGUGGCGAGGUGACCCUCCGACACCACGAGGACAUGAUUGUAGAUGAAUGUGGCUGCCAGUGA